AUGGAGACCCUGUUCCUGACCGUUGUGCUGGGUCUGGUCGCUGCCCUGCAGGCCCAGGACCCCCUGUCCUUCACCUCGGAGGAGCAGGAUCUCACAGGGACCUGGUACGUGAAGGCCCUAGUGACUGACAGGGAAGUGCCGGAGGGAAAGAGGCCCAGCCAGGUGUCCCCUGUGACAGUGACAGCCCUGGAAGGUGGGGACUUGGAGGCCACGUUCACCUUCAUGAAGGAGGGUCAGUGCCACCAGAAGAAAGUCCUGAUGCAGAAAACCGAGGAGCCGGGCAAAUAUAGCACCUAUGGGGGCAAGAAGCUCAUGUAUCUACAAGAGCUGCCAGUCAAGGGCCAUGAAAUCUGGUACUGCGAAUGCCACCACCAUGGGAAACUGCGCCGCAUCGGAAAGCUCAUGGGUAAGAGUCCUGAUGUGAACCCAGGGGCCCUGGAAGAAUUUAAGAAAUUCAUAUGGUGCAAGGGACUUCUGGAGGAAAACAUUUUCAUGCCCACACAGAGGG